AUGCCGUAUUCAUCGCAAACCGCCUUUAUGCCGCGAAAGUUGCUAGAUUUGCCGGAAUUUAGCGGACGACCUGAAGAGUGGCCUGUAUUUUAUACAGCAUUUACCGAAUCCACGGCAACUUAUGGUUACACAAACUUCGAUAACAACCAACGGUUGCAAAAGUGCUUAAAGGGUGAUGCUCGCGAGAUGGUGAAGUCAUUACUGAUUCACCCCAUCAAUGUUAGCUGUAUCAUUGAGCAACUAAAGUGUCGAUUUGGUCGCCGAGAGCAGCUCAUCCGAAGCCAACUGUUGCAGGUCAAGGAUAUCGCUCCGAUUCCAGAGAACGCUUUGAGCAAGCUUAUUCCUUUCGCAACAAAAGUGAAAAAUAUUUGUGUGUUUUUGCAAUCAGCCAACGCCGAUCACCAUCUAGCUAACCCAAUGUUACUCGAUGACUUAAUCUCGAAGCUGCCUAUGAGUAAGCGCAUCGAGUGGGGCCGGUAUGCCACCACCGUACAACCGCGCGCUACAACAGUGCAUUUUAGUAAUUGGCUUACCUCACUAGCCGAUGUUAUCUGCACAAUACAUGACGAAAGCCAGUUUGCCAGUCGCGACACAAAACGUCGAGUACUGCUACAUCUUGAUGAAAGACAGCAGCCUCGAAAAUGCCCGAUAUGCCAGGGUCAGCAUAAGCCGUACGACUGCAAACGUCUUAUCGAAGCUUCAGUGGCCAAUAGAUGGACUGAAGUAAAAUCUCGACGUCUAUGUUUUGCGUGCUUGAAUGCUGGUCACACCACACGUGACUGCAGACAACGAAAGAUUUGUGGAACCGGUGGAUGCAAUCGAUUCCAUAACAAAUUGCUGCACGAAACCCCUCCCGUACAACCGCCAGUGCCUUCGUCUUCGUCGACGAAGAAUACCACUCAACCGAUUUCAACUCAGCUAUCGUCGGCGCCCCCAGUAAACAGCCGACAGUCUACCGAUACAGGAGCUGCAGUGUUAAGCUGCGCCGCCAAUUCAAAAGUAAGUAAGCUACUAUUCCGUAUACUUCCAGUUACAGUAUAUGGAAGACAACGCCACAUAGACACGUAUGCUCUAUUGGACGAAGGCUCUUCCAUCACCAUGAUCGACAACACUCUCGCCGAAGAGCUUGACUUGCGCGGACAGCAACACAAUCUCAACGUUCAGUGGUUCGGUGGCCAUUCCGUACAGGAGCCAGCAACCUUGGUUGGCUUGUAUAUCAGCGGUGCAGGUAUGACAAAGAAGCACAAAAUGCAAAACGUGUACGCUGUGAAAAAUCUUCAAUUGCCAUCGCAAAGCCUUAGCCCCGUUGACCUACUUUGCGAUGACAAACGAGUCCGUCAAUUGCCCGUACAGCCACAAUCUGGUGCGGUACCGAGAGUACUUAUCGGUAUCGAUAACUGCCAUUUGGGUAUUGCAUCCUCAACUAUUUCGAUGAGGAAAAAUGGACCAUACGCUGCCAAUACAGAACUGGGGUGGGUAGUGUUCGGCCCGACUAGCAAAAAUAUGCCUACACCAUCAACAUGCCUUUUAGUUAAUAGAAGUCCGGACGAGACACUACACAAAAUGGUUGCCGACUUUUUUGAAAUUGAAAGUUUCGGCGUUAGAGCUGCAGCACGCGUUGAAAGUGAAGCUGACGUCCGUGCCAGGACUAUAUUAGAGUCGACAACCAGCCGCAUUGGUACAAGAUUCGAAACCGGACUUCUAUGGAAAGAAGAUAAUGUGCGUCUGCCAGACAGCUACAAUAUGGCGCUCAAGAGAUUGGUGAGUGUCGAAAAGCGAAUGAGUCAUGACGUGAGCUUCGCCGCCGCCUACAAGCUCAUGGUAGCCUCUUACGUCGAAAAGGGUUAUGCGCGUAAACUUGAACCGUCAUCUGUCGCCUCGAUAACGCCACGUACAUGGUACCUGCCGCACUUUGCCGUGUUGAACCCGAAUAAACCCAAUAAGCUACGAAUUGUCUUUGAUGCUGCCGCCGAUGUUAAUGGAGUUUCGCUGAAUCGUCAUCUGCUUAAGGGUCCGCAGGAGUACAGACCGUUGCCAUCCAUCCUUUUCCACUUCCGUGAAGGGGCAGUGGGUGUUUGUGGUGACAUCAAAGAGAUGUUUCACCAAGUGCUGAUGCGCCCAGAUGACAGACAGGCCCAGCGAUUCCUGUGGAGAGAUGGUGACUCUGAGAGACAACCAAGUGUAUACGAAAUGUCCGUGAUGACAUUCGGAGCUGCUUGCUCACCUUGUGCUGCACAUUACAUCAAAACGCGAAACGCUUUGGAACAUCGUGGUGACAAUCGUUACACAGCCCGGGCCAUAAAAGCCAUUUUAGAUUAUCACUAUGUCGAUGAUUUAGUGGAUAGCUUCGACACGCCAAAGGAAGCUAUCGCUGUUGCAACCCAAGUAAGAGCGAUUCACAUGGAUGCUGGUUUCGAGCUCCGCAACUUCACAACCAGUUCGUCAGAGGUGGUCGCCGCUCUGGGUGGCGUCGACGUCACCAAGACUCUUGGUAAUAAGGAAGGCCUAAUGUCGGAAAAGGUGCUCGGCUUACACUGGCAGCCAACCACAGACUGCUUCAGCUUUAACCUAAAAUUUCACAACGUCAGUGAAGCCGUGGUUGAAGGUAACAGACGCCCUACAAAGAGGGAGCUUCUUAGUGUGGUGAUGUCGGUAUUCGACCCACCAGGAUUCCUAGAACAUUUCAUCAUAAGCGCUAAACUACUUAUGCGUGAGGUUUGGCGACAUGAGGCGAGCUGGGAUGAACCGUUGCCUGACAAACUCGCAGAGCUGUGGGAAAGGUGGCGUAAGCAAUUGCCGGCAGUGACCGAAUACGCCAUUCCUCGAUUUUAUUUCCGUGGAGGUCAGCCAGAAUAA